AUGAGUGAAAAUAUGCUUUCACAAUUUGUCGAUAAAGGAAAAAGUUUAACAUCUUCAAUUUUCAAUCAGUCAAAGAACGUUGGCAAUCUUACUUUAACUGCUGCGAAUACUGCUAAAACCAAAUGGAACCAAAGUUCUACAACAACAAAAGCAUGUAUAAUUGGAUCGACUGCUGCUGUAACAGCUCCACUGGCCAUUCUACCCGUCUUAGGUUUGGCGGGAUUUACAUCGGCUGGUGUAGCAGCCGGUAGUAUCGCAGCAUCCAUGCAAACGGCAGCAACAGCAUCAGGAGGCAUCUUUGCUCUAUGUCAAUCUGCUGGGGCUGUUGGUGCAGUAGCUACAUCAACUUCUGUGGGUGUAGGGCUUGCAGCUAGUGCUACUGCAGGUGGUGUAACGGCAGUAGUUUGUGAGAAAAGGCGAUAA